UAUCUGCAAAAAGUAGAUGACAAAAUCCCAUUGUCUUCCCGCUCAUUUUCAAAGAAAACACCUCUUUCUGGACCUCCUCUAGGGUUUUGCCCGUCUCUCUCUGGUUCACAGCAAAUUAACAGUGUGAAAUUCUCCAAAAUUAGCGAACAAAAUGAGUGCUCCAAUGGAGAUCUCUCUGCAGAGCGCCACCGACAACUUCGGCGCCGAUACCUCAGAGCAAAACGGCAUCGUCGCAGAGCCGCCACCACCACCACUCGCCGAAGACAAAGUUCUUGUCUCAGUCGAAGUUUGCUUAAAACCCUCAAGCACAGCUCGGAUCGAAGAUGUCCGUUCAGCUGUUGAGAUAAUGCUUGAAAAGAGGAGUUUGAGCUAUAUAGAUGGUCCAGUUCCAGUGCCUCUAGACGAUUCAUUCCUGGUGGAAAACGUACAAAGGAUCUGCGUUUGUGACACGGAUGAAUGGGUGGCGAACCAUGAUAUUCUUCUGUUCUGGCAAGUCAAACCCGGUGUGCAUGUGUUCCAGCUUAGUGAGGACGGGCCGUGUGAAGAACUUAGUGGAGAUGGACAACUUUCUAGCUUUAAUGAAUGGAUUCUUCCAGCAAAAGAAUUUGAUGGCAUGUGGGAAAGCUUGAUCUAUGAAUCUGGUCUCAAGCAGAGGUUGUUGCGGUAUGCAGCAAGUGCUCUGCUCUUUAGUGAAAAGGGUGUCGAUCCUUUCCUUAUAUCAUGGAACCGCAUAAUUCUUCUGCAUGGGCCACCUGGGACAGGCAAGACAUCUUUAUGCAAAGCAUUGGCUCAGAAACUAUCCAUACGUUUUAGUUCCAGAUACCCACAAUGCCAACUCGUUGAAGUUAAUGCUCAUUCUUUGUUCAGUAAAUGGUUUUCUGAAAGUGGCAAGUUGGUUGCAAAACUUUUCCAAAAAAUUCAAGAAAUGGUGGAGGAAGAAAACAAUCUUGUAUUUGUUUUGAUUGAUGAAGUAGAAAGCCUUGCUGCUGCUAGAAAGGCUGCUUUGUCUGGUUCUGAACCAUCAGAUUCUAUACGGGUUGUGAAUGCCCUUCUUACCCAGAUGGACAAGUUGAAAUCUGCAACAAAUGUGAUAAUUUUAACAACGUCCAAUAUCACUGCUGCUAUUGAUAUAGCUUUUGUGGAUCGAGCUGAUAUUAAAGCAUAUGUAGGUCCUCCAACUCUUCAAGCACGUUAUGAAAUACUAAGGUCCUGCUUGCAGGAGCUUUUAAGAACUGGAAUAUUGUCAAAUUCCCAGGGCGGAAAUCAUCUCAUUCUUCUAAAUUAUGCUAGCUUGAAAGAGAAGCUGAAUAUGCCAGUAAUGCAGGACUCUCAAAGCACCGUACAUCUGUCUAAACAAUUGCUUGAAGCUGCGGAAGCAUGCGAGGUUAGGGUUGAAGAUCCUUUUAUUUGCUUAGUGAAUUUAAUAAUUUUUACUUGCCAAACAGAGGAAUUGAAGGGUUUGUUUGGUGCAACUUUUUGUAAGUUGAAAGUUGAUAAUCAAAAAAUAGAAGCCAAAAGCAUCCCUCUCUCCACCUUUCAAAUAAUCAACUUUUUCUACCUUAUUUUAGUAAGUUAAAAGCCAAAGUUUUUUUGGGUGAAUAGAUAAAAGCAAAAGUAACACCAAACAAUACUCAAGAAAAAGAAAAAGCCAGAAGUAGCUCACAUAAGCUGCACCAAACAGCUCCUAGAUGAUCUUAAACAAGUGAUUUUGUUUGUUUUGUUUUCCUCUCC